AUGAUCAAAUUAUCUCCGCAUGAAGUACGAAUACUAUACGAUGCGUGUCGAAAAUGGUUCACAAUCGUCAGUAUAAUAGUCGCCCCAGCACUUUUUAUCAUCAACGCUCCUUUUGGUCGUUUUGCCCUCAAUGGAAAGAGUAUCCUUCUACUCGACGGUAGAAAGUCGUGGAUAGCGAUGGAAAUAGUGUCUCCUUUAAUGUUCAUCCUUUCUUUCUUGAAAUCACCACUCUCUCGGGGAGAGCCGGUGUCAUUUGAGCCUUCUCUCGCUCAGUAUAUUUUAGCAGCGGCCUAUCUGGUUCAUUAUUUCAAUCGCGCCAUCAUUUCGCCUCUUCGUACACCGUCACGGUCCCAAUCUCACAUCAUAGUUCCAAUCGCCGGAGUACUGUUCAAUGUCUUGAACGGAUCAUUAAUGGGAACAUAUCUCUCCUCUCCAGCAGCAUUCGCACAUCUUUCACACGUUCGGCCGUCAUUCUAUGUUGGACUCAGCCUUUGGGCCAUCGGCUUCGCUGGAAAUAUAAUCCACGAUGAAAUUUUGCUGGAUAUCCGGCGUAAAGCGAAAACCAAACCUGAUGGAAAGGCAACUAAAACCAGCAAUGAAUUCGUAGAGACCAAGAAGACUUCCGAGCAUUAUGCAAUCCCUUACGGCUUGCUCUACAAGUAUGUCUCAUAUCCAAACUAUUUCUGUGAAUGGGUGGAAUGGUUCGGUUUCGCUUUUGCCGCAUCGCCCUUCCCAAUCAAUGCUUCAGUGCUUGGCUAUGCUGUAAAGAUUCUGCCUUUACCAUCCACUCUCCUUGACUUCAUUUGCGCACCUCCUUCUCUCUUCGCGCCCAGGCUCACACCUCCGUGGAUUUUUCUCCUCAACGAAUUAGUUCUGAUGCUCCCGCGGGCACACAAAGGGCAUCUGUGGUACAAACAAAGGUUUGGUGAUUCGUACCCUAAGGAGAGGAAGGUUGUCGUUCCAUUUGUGUGGUAG